UGUCUUGUUUGGAACCUUGGCCGCAACUCGUCCGAGCCUCGGAUCCGCUCAGACCGACGACGGGCGUCGAGCGUGCCCCCAUGUCACUCUUCAAAUAAGAAAACAUAAAAAACUAAUAAAAAAUCUGACAAUUUUCUUGAAUGGGACAACAUCUUCUCACCAUCGUUACUUCAAAUUCGUUCUCGUUUCUGCAUGUGGUAGGAUGGUGAGAUAGGAAAUGCUGGUCGGGCUUAUCGCGGGCUGAUGAUAUUGGGGUCCGUAUUCCAGAAGCAGCCUCAAGAUGUUGAUAAAGGAGUAUCGGAUCCCACUGCCACUGACUGUGGAAGAAUACCGUAUCGCCCAACUUUACAUGAUUGCGAAGAAAAGCAGGGAUGAAAGCAGUGGACAAGGAAGUGGAGUUGAAAUUUUAAUAAACGAGCCCUACGGAGACGGUCCUGGCGGCAGUGGCCAGUAUACGCGGAAGAUUUAUCACGUCGGCAGCCAUCUGCCAGGAUGGUUCAAGGGAAUUUUACCAAAAAAUGCAUUGGUUGCGGAAGAGGAAGCCUGGAAUGCAUACCCUUACACAAAGACCAGAUACACCUGUCCAUUCGUCGAAAAGUUCUCAUUGGAAAUAGAGACGUACUAUUUCGCAGACAAUGGUCACCAAGAGAACGUUUUCAAAUUGUCUGGAAGCGAUUUGCGAAAUCGCGUAGUGGAUUUAAUAGACGUGGCCAAAGAUCAACUUUACGGAGGUGAUUAUCUAAAGGAAGAAGAUCCAACGGUUUACGUCUCCGAGAAGACUGGCAGGGGACCGUUGGCGGAGAAUUGGCUUGCGGAAUGUUGGCGAGAGGUUGAGGGUAAAAGCCAGCCGACGCCCAGCGGAAAGAGUCUAAUGUGCGCGUACAAAUUGUGUAAAGUCGAGUUUAGGUACUGGGGCAUGCAAACGAAAAUUGAACGAUUCAUUCACGACGUCGCACUGAGGAAAACUAUGUUAAGGGCUCACCGGCAAGCCUGGGCUUGGCAGGACGAAUGGCACGGUUUAACCAUGGAAGAUAUUAGAGAAAUCGAGAAACAGACACAGAUGGCUUUGAAAAGAAAAAUGGGCCAGCUGGAAGAUGAAGAUUUAGAUGAAGAUAAUAACAUAAGCAAUGGGACUCAUAAAACGUUAGCUGCAACUCUGGGUAGUAUCGAGAAGAAAGAAGACUCACCUCUGAUGACAAAAAGUGCCAGCAGAAACAUUCCUACUAUAGAAACGGGUGGUUCGGACGAAGAUUUAUCUGGAGACGAGUGUAAUCUCCAUUUACCCCUUCGAAAACAUGGCGAUCAAUGGCAGCAAUCACGAGCGCUUCAUUCGCCAAGCAGUUCUUCCGCAAAGAGUUUUGAUCAGGUAGCAAAUUGGAGAAUUGCGAGUUUAGGAAGAAAUUCGGAAUCCGGCUCCGACGAGGAAUUCUACGACUGCGAAGUGGAACAAACCACCGAAACGUCCUCUUCGUCUUUGGCCAAGUGGAGUUCUUUAGAUUUGCUAACGGAAGAAGAUCCAGAAAACUCGUCUCCAACAGUUGUAGUCGACGAAGAUGACAGUAUUUUCUCGCCAACAUUUUUACAGCGAGUUGCCAGUGAGAGAGGGACCAGAAAGGGAUUGCAAAAGGGGAAGGGUAAUUCGCUGGACGUUCCUUGUCCCGAUUCACCUGGAGCUUCCCCAUGCCACACUACUUGCAGUACUACAGUUUUGCUGCUCGUUUUUCAUGCCGGUAGCGUACUCGACGCCAACGUUGAUAUGACAGCAAAAAAAUCGGACGUAACAACAUUCCGCGGUGCAUUUGAAUCGGUCAUGAGGCAGCAUUAUCCGACUCUGGUUGGGCACAUUGCCAUCAAAUUGGUUUCCUGUCCUUCCAUUUGCACAGAGGGAUUAGGUAUUCUGUCUAGUUUGAGCCCUUACAGUUUUGAUGUUUCCCCAUCAUGCACAGAUGUUCCCCAAGUGACGCAUGACUCAAUACCCAUUGGCGCUAUUCCUUUGUUGGCUUGCUCAAACCCUGAAUACAAUGACUGUGUGUCGAGGACAAUCAACGGUGCCAACAUGGUAUAUCAAGAAUUUCUAAAAUCUGAAGAAGGUCAUGGGUUCUCAGGUCAGAUCUGUAUCGUUGGUGACUCUGUUGGAUCCAUAUUGGCAUUCGACGCACUUUCUAGAACUACUAGAUAUCAGUCACGACAUGGAAGCGAAAAUAGUAUUUUGGAUCAAGAUGGAAAUCAAAAAGGCGAUGAUAAUAUGAUCAUAAAUGAAUCUGGACAUUUGGUGGCACCUUCUCCGAGACGAAGAUCAUCUUCAACUAGUGAACAAUCGAAUCAGAUAAAAUUCGAUUUUGAUAUUACCGAUUUCUUCAUGUUUGGAAGUCCUCUAGCUCUAGUGCUCGCCUAUCGAAAGAUAUCAUCAAGUGAUGAUAAAAACUCUGCAAUAACCCGUCCAUGUUGUCUUCAAGUAUACAAUCUAUUCCAUCCCACCGAUCCGGUGGCGUCCAGACUGGAACCUCUCCUCUCAGCCAGGUUCUCAAUGCUCGCACCCGUGAACAUCGCCAGGUACGCCAAGUAUCCGUUGGGCAACGGCCAGCCCUAUCACCUGUUGGAAAUCCUGCAAAGUAAUCCGCAAAUGUUUAACGAAAGUGGGCAGCCAAGAAGGCUGUCGGAGGUUUCCAUUCAAAGCACUGUGUCCGGGAUCAUAGAUAACAUUCCUCUCCAGGCCAUCAAUGCUUUGCAGCAGAAAUGGUGGGGUGGAAAACGGUUGGAUUACGCCCUAUACUGUCCCGAGGGUCUUUCAAAUUUUCCCACUCACGCUCUACCUCACCUGUUGCAUGCCAGUUAUUGGGAGAGCAGCGAUGUCAUCGCAUUCAUACUAAGACAGGUUGGAAGAUUAGAAGGCCUACCUUUAUCUGGUAAUGAGGAUAGGGAGCCGAGCUUCCAUCCAGGUCAACCUAGGGAGAAGUGGAUUAGAAAACGCACUUCGGUCAAGUUGAAGAACGUGUCGGCGAAUCACCGAGCGAACGAUGUAAUCGUUAGUGACGGAUCGAGUCAGUGUCUUAUUGGCAGAUUCAUGUACGGGCCUUUGGAUAUGAUCACUUUGACCGGUGAAAAAGUAGAUAUUCACGUAAUGCGCGAUGUGCCAUCCGGGGAGUGGACGCAUUUGACAACCGAGGUCACCGACAAGGCGGGACGAGUUACAUAUACAAUUCCCGAUGACAAGACUCUCGGUUACGGUUUGUAUCCGGUGAAAAUGGUCGUCCGAGGAGAUCACACUGCUGUCGAUUUCUUCAUGGCUGUUGUUCCACCUAGAACGGAAUGCGUGGUUUUCAGUAUUGACGGAUCAUUUACUGCCAGUAUGUCUGUCACCGGAAGGGAUCCCAAAGUUAGAGCGGGCGCAGUCGAUGUGGUCAGGCACUGGCAGGAGCUUGGUUAUCUGAUCAUUUAUACAACAGGAAGGCCGGACAUGCAACACCAUCGCGUCGUUUCCUGGUUGUCACAGCACAAUUUCCCACAUGGCCUAGUUUCUUUUGCCGAUGGCUUAUCUACUGAUCCACUCGGACAUAAAGCGGCUUAUCUUAAUAAUUUAAUAGAGAAGCACGGCGUUGUCGUGUACUCCGCUUAUGGGAGCAGUAAGGACAUCAGCGUAUAUACCUCGCUGGGUCUAAAACAGAAGCAAAUUUUCAUUGUUGGUAAGGUAUCCAAGAAGCAUCACUCGCAGGCCACGAUCCUGACCGAAGGAUACGCUGCUCAUUUGGCCAGUUUGAUGGUGUAUGGUGGAUCCAGACCGGCCCAGGGAAAUGCUCGAAUGGUGAUUCCUAGAGGAUACUUUGGAUUGCCUGGCCAAGGUGUCACCCGCAGGCGAAGCAGUAGAACUGCAAAGAGAACUACUUCCUUCCCUAUAAACUCGGCGGCCGAAGCAAAUCCAGUUAUCGAAAGGAGCCUAAGCACUAGAAGAUAUAACCUGCCAAAGCCAACAUUGUCUACCAUUGGUAACCACACGGCUGGAUGACGGUGAUACGCUGUGAUGCGUAUUUUUAAAGAGUUUAGGCGAAAUUAAAUUAUUGUGUGUACCUUGCCACUAUUAUAUAUUUUUCUACAAUAUCAUCAGUCAGAUAGAAUGAUACAGAUGAGAUGGAUCGUGGAGGACAGGUUUAAUCAUAAAUAUGUACGUGUGUAAUGGAUGUUUAAUAUUAAGAUGUUGAAUUUCUCAAGUGGGUUUCGAUACCCCAAAAUGAUGGAAAAAAUGCGGAAUGAUGCACUAGUAAGCAAAAAGAGUACAAAAGGUAUUAACGAGUUUUCGCUCGAAUAUUAUUUAGAAAGAGUACAAUUGCUAUAAAAUUAUUGCUACUUUUUCACCAAAAAAAAAUGGUUUGCUAGUAUUAAUCGAGGUGUUUAAAUGAUUUUUUUGUUCGUUCCGAUAUCUAGUUGGCAUAGUUGUAUAUAAAAGUGGGCUGGAUGAUUAUUAUCUCAAAAGGUUAGCAAGCAUGAUUAUUUUUUAACUCAAUAGGAGUUUACAUGAAACUGAUUUCGUAUAAGAACAAGUGGGUUUAUUUUAGCGAUUUAGGGUAUCGUUAGCUCAAGUUGUCAGUUCCGUUUAAUUCGUGUAUCAGAGAUGUUUUCGUUGUUUGGAAAACUAAGAGUCUGAUUUAACAAUGGGGAAACUUGGUUUCCGUCUUUGCUUUCUUAUUGUUAAAGUGUUAAAUGUGUAUAUAAUUAUAUAUAU